UCCUGCUUCUCCUUGUGUUGGACGUCUGCUGGUACUCCUCCAUCUGCUUGGGAGUUGAAUCAUCCAUCUUUAGGUUCCAAUUACUCCUACAGAAUAAUGAUGAUGACGAUGAUGAUGAUGGUGAUACUGAUGAUAAUGGUGAUGACUCAACUAAUGACUCUCACUCUCACUGAUGCAGGUGAGGGAAAACGACUCAACACCACCAGCAAGAAACUUCAACAUCUGCAGGUGAAGAACACGAACCCUCCCCCAGGUGGUGUGGGAGAGUGCCACCUAUCGCCCCAGCUGGUAGCCGAGAUCCAGGGCUACCAGGAGACCGUUGACCACAUCAUAGACUAUGUAGUUCACGGAGGCUACAAAGGUCAGGCCUAUCACCUGCUGGCUGAGUUGGUCGACACCUUUGGACAUAGGCUGAGUGGGUCCAAACAGCUCGAAGAUGCCAUUGACUGGAUGCUUGAGGUGGCACGGAGUGAAGGAUUGGACAAUGCUUACACCGAGGACGUAACAGUGCCAGUCUGGGUCAGAAACAACGAGUCUCUGUGGAUGACCCGACCUCGCCUACAGGAGCUGAACAUGUUGGCACUGGGCAGGUCGGUGGGAACUCCUCCUGGGGGCAUCAGAGCUGAGGUCCUGGUCGUGAGGGACUUCAAGGAUCUAGAAAGACAAGCCAAGAAGGCAGCGGGGAAGAUAGUCGUCUACAACUCCAGGUGGAGGAACUAUCACGAGGCGGUACAAUACAGGAUGUCUGGUGCUGUCAGGGCGGCUAAGGUAGGAGCUGUGGCCACCCUUGUAAGCUCCCUUACGCCCUUCUCCCUCAACACCCCCCACACCGGCUACCAGACCUACGGCAAGUCACUGGUCAAGAUCCCAGCCGCCUAUAUCACUGUUGAAGACGCCGCCAUGUUGGAGAGGAUGCAGAGGAGAGGUCAGAAGGUGGAGGUGGUGCUGACGAUGGGUGCUCAGAACAGCCCAGCCACCACCUCGAGGAACACCGUGACGGAGGUGAAGGGCAGGGAGUGGCCGCGUCAGGUAGUGGUGGUGUCUGGUCAUCUCGACUCCUGGGACGUGGGUCAGGGCGCCCUUGAUGAUGGUGGUGGGUCGGUCAUCUCGUGGUGUUCUGGGGUGGUGCUCAAGAGGUUGGGUCUUAGGCCACGUCGCACGCUCAGAGCUGUCUUGUUUACAGGCGAGGAGCAGCACUUUCUUGGUGGUCAGGCUUACUUCGACAGACACCAGGACGAACGUGAGAAAUAUCAACUAAUCCUUGAGUCUGACACUGGCACCUUCACCCCCCGCGGCCUGGCAUUCACUGGCACUCAGAAGGCUACCUGUAUUAUGCGAGAGAUUCUUCACCUGCUGCAACCCAUUAAUGCAACACAGGUGUGUUGUUGUCUCACCCAGGUCCUGGCGCCCAUGUACGGGGGACCUGAUAUUACCAUGUGGGAGAAAGUGGGCGUUCCUACAGGUUCACUACACAGCCCAGACGAGAGAUAUUUCUGGUACCAUCACUCGCACGGAGACACCCUCAGCGUGAUCGAAUCGGGGCUCCUCGAUCUCUGCCUCGCCGUGUGGACUGUUAUCGCUUAUGUCACCGCCGAUAUCACCCACAACCUCCCACACCUAUCCCUAUGAGGUGUCAAGAUGGCGCUGAAAAUGUACAGUGACUCUACCCUAAAAGUAAGAACGUGAUGUAAUUGGUCCAUUGAAGUUCCCAAUCCGAGGUAAUAUGGAAAAUGGCGUCCGAUUUUAACUGAGACUCUAUAGUUAUAUGAUUUGCUAACGGUAAAAUGAAUCGUCGAAACUUUGAUACAAUGAAGCCUCGAACCUUUGAUACAAUGAAGCCUCGAACCCUUGAGAUUAUGAACCCUGUUAACGUUUUAUUAUUAUUAUUAUUAUUAUUGUUAUUGUUAUUGUUAUUGUUAUUAUUAUUGUUGUUGUUGUUUCAUAUUUGUUCAAGGGAAAUAAAAUAUUCAAUAGAAUAAAAUACUAAUUAUUUUUGUAUUUUUUAAGUAUAUAUAACCCCUUGAGUGUGAUGACUUAACCCC